AUGACCUUACGUCAACAAGGCGUACUUUGCUUCAUCGUCUGCUUGGUCGGAAUUGCAGUCGUUAGUGUUGCAGCACAGGACAGCGGGGACAGCUCCAUUCCAAGAGUUGUUUCAGCACUUCAGACCGGAGAGGAGUCUUACUACACGAAAAGCAGUACUAGCGGCUUGAGCAACGAGGAGGACGCUGACGAGACUGCCGCGUACAUUGCCCGAGGAUAUGCGUCUACGAUGGAUGAGAAUGAACAACGUCUGACCAUCAUAAAUGACGCCCUGUUAAUGGAAAGCGUUUGCGAUGGCAAUCCAGUGGUAAUACUUAAGUCCACGACAGUCCCCGCCAAUGGUGCGUGCUUGCCCGCACAAAGUCGGUAUAACCUAUCGUGCUCGUGCCUAUCGGGCUUUGCGAACAAAACGUUGUGGGAGUUCCAUGUUCGUGCUCCCGACGGAGACGCUAUAUCCCCGUUCCCCACGACAUUUAGCGAUAGAAACAUCGUUCAAGUGAACUCGUUGAUGCUGCUCGACGUUCCUUCCGACUUACUCAUCCUCAAAAUACAAGGAGAGAGCAGUGAUUUAGUUCCUGUGCACCUAGAGAAAGCGACAACUGGAGAUGAUAGCUUGGCCCUUGUUCGCUCGCAGGAGGUGUCAGCCCUCACGAAAGUUGAUUUAUACAACCUGGACCUUGUUGAUGUGCCAAUUGAAGUUGGUUUCGUCCCCGCGACGGUGUCAAAUCUAUUGAUACGACGUUGUAAUCUCAACAGCAUCGGACAACUUUUUCUUGAAAGUCUCACAGCCCUCGAGUCAUUGAAUCUAGCGUCUAACAAGAUAUCCAGCAUCUACACUAGACUGCCAGGAUCCGUUGAGGCCUUGAACGCGAUGACUGAAAUAAAUCUGGCAAACAACAGCUUUACGGAGUUUCCUCGUCAUCUACUUCAGUUUCCAAACCUUCAAAAGAUCGAUCUGAGCGGCAAUGCUAUCACAAACUUGACAGUCACAAGCGACGAGUUUGCAAUCAUUUCACAGCUAUUAGUCUUUCGAAUCGAUGUACAAGGGAAUUUCAAUGGCAGUGGAAGUGACUGUGAACGUGAGGAAGUACACAGCACAGUUUUUUGCGUUUCCAAUAGUACACGCAGCCUUUCAGCCUCGGAGAUGGCGCUAGCUCAAAAAAGCGCCGAUAACGCAACCAACUGGACAGCGUUCAUGCUGGUAGCAGCGUUUGGUGGAUGUAUUGUGGGGUUCCUGCUGUUCUUUCUUGCUAUAAGAUUGGCACGAUACCAACAAGAGCAUCAAAUUAAGCCAGGCUCAGCUUCGCCUAAUGCCGUAGACAUUCAAACACCAGGCGCAAUGGAGACCACUGCUUCACAGGCGGUCUACAACACACUUCACCCGACAUUACACGCAGGAAUACUCGACGAUCCACUGAUCAUGUCAUUUCGACUAAAUUACAAGGACGUGGAAGUUGGUCGCUGCAUCAGCAAAGGAGGUUUUGGGCUUGUGUACACUGGUACGUACAAGCGCCGUCGCGUGGCCAUCAAGAAAAUCAUGCGCGAGAAGUGCGAGAAGCUCUCACAAAUCCGCAUGUUUGUGCGCGAGAUCACGCUCAUGGGAUCACUCAAGCACGAACGUAUUGUAGAGUUUAUCGGCGUUGCGUGGGACUCGCUGCGCAACUUGAGUGCUGUAACGGAGUAUAUGGAACGUGGAGAUUUGCGAGAUGUACUGCACACUCUGAAACACGAAGGAAGUGAAAUUGACGAUGGGCUAACGUGGCACGGCCUCAAGCUCACCAUUGCGCUUCAUAUUGCAGAGGGCCUUGCAUACAUGCAUUCGCUCAAUCCCAAGGUAAUUCACCGCGAUCUCAAGUCCAAAAACGUGCUACUUAACGACGAGUUUCACGCUAAGCUCAGCGAUUUUGGUGUCUCGCGUGAGCGCCCAGUGGCAGAUGUCGAAGGCGUUCCUGAGAAAUUCAUGACCCCGGGUGUUGGCACAUCGUUCUGGAUUGCUCCAGAGGUAUUGCUCGGCAAAGACUAUGACGAGCACGCGGAUAUCUUCUCCUUUGGUGUUGUGCUCUCCGAACUUGACACGGACGACUACCCGUACUGGAAUUCCGGAAACAUCCCAGGGCAGGGCAACCUCGGCGACAGGCGUUCACAGGAACAAAAGAUCCUUGAAAAGGUAGCAUUAGGCUCGCUGCGCCCGACGUUUUACAACGAUUGUCCUCCCGGUGUGCUUUCAUUAGCUGCAAGUUGUCUCGAAGGCAAAGCAGAAAACCGACCCAGUGCCUCAGAGGUUGUACUUGCAAUUCAAGAGCUUAUUCGCGAAAUGCAGUUCGACAAUCCCGACUCGGAGCCUGAACCUGAUGAGAUUGUCACAGCAGGAUUCCUCUCCAGCGAAUAUGAGUAG